AUGUGGAGAUUGAUAGGAAUAGCAUCGGGAUUAAGAGUGAUCUUAAUGAUGAUUUCAGUUUGAAUUUGUGGUGAAACGAUAAUUAAUUGUGGAUAUUUUGAUUAGGUUCUUGAUCGUUCUGUCAGUUAGUACGUGAAUUGAGUGCUCGGUUUUAUCCAAGUGAAGAAAUGAAACCGAGGACAGGGAAACCACGGAAAGUGACGAGUUAGAAGGUUAGCUAUUUCGAGAUUGAUUUAGAUUCUAGAGAUCAUGAUCUUGUAAGCUAAAGUGUAUUUGGAGAUUUAUGAUCGGAGAAAUCUUAUAAUUUGAUCUUCAGAUUUUGAUGGUAUCAGAUUGUGGUGUGAUAAGUUCCGAGUCUUGUGCAUUUGUGGGACCCGUCUCACGAGUGUACGGCGUCUGUCGCGUCUCGAAAUUGGGUUUUGAAGUGUAACAGUUGGUUUUAGAAAUAAUUGGUUAUCAAUUGGGCUCAAUAAAUGUAAUUGAUUACAAAUUAAGUAAUGGGAUAUGU